AUCUAGUAUCACGGAUUAUCUCGAGUCACGGCGCAAACUAUAGCCAAUUUUUUUGCUACGGUACCGGCACUCUAAGCAUCAAAAUUUUUAAACAAAUGUUUUGGUUUGUUUACAUAUAAUAAUGCUCUAUAUACAUUAAUCAAGGUAUAUUCAUAAAGACAUCCGCAAUCAUGGUUAUGGAAGAGCAAGAAAAUUCUUCGGGAUUGGCUUCAGAAUCAAUUCCAGUCCCAAGAGUUCACGAUUCUAUGAUUGAAACCCAAGAAGCAUUAGUGAAUCAAAAUGAAGAGAGACGAAGAAAACCGCGUCUCCGAAAAAAGGCAUUACACGCAGUGAUUCGUAAGCAAAUGGAGUUUUACUUUAGUGAUGCUAAUUUGAGUAAAGAUCGAUUCCUGGCGAAUUUGAUACAAGAAGAUUCUUAUGUUGAUUUGGAUACAUUUCUUCAAUUCAAUAAAAUUCGAGCACUCACUAAUGAAACAAGUCGUAUUGCCAAAGCACUAGAAUCUUCUGAAUUUUUAGCUCUUUCUGAUGAUCGCUCCAAAGUACGUCGAAUUACUCCGAUUAAUAUUCGGGAAGAUUGUGACGUUUGUACAAUUUACGUUCAAGGAUUACCACCUGAUGCUGAUCAUGAUUGGCUAAUAAGUAUUUUUUCUCAAUUUGGACCAGUUGCAUAUGUUUCGAUUCCAAGAUAUAAGACCAAUAAAAAAAUUAAAGGAUUUGCCUUUAUCGAAUUUGAAUCUUCGGAGGAUGCUGAUAAAUGUCUUGAAGCAUUUCAAGAUAAAGGCUGUGUUUUACCAUCAUAUACAGCACCAGAGAGUUUAUUAAGCAUUACAACAUUUUCUGAGGAUGAUCCACCGAGUGGUUUAGAUAACAUGAACCUUGGCUCAGAACCUAUAGCUCAAGAUGUUAAGAUAUCAAAGCGUCCUCCACCAGUAGAGUCUGAGUCUGAAUUAGAGCAAGAUGUGUCAAAGGUAAAAAAACCACGAAUUAAUGGAUCUGAUAAUAGAAACGUUGAUCAAGAUAAGGGAACAGCUGAAAAUAAUGAUACAAGUGAUAAGACAGGAGAUGAAGUUGAAACUGAAGAUAAUGAUAAGGUUGAUGAAAAGGACGAACAGAAGAAAAAGAAGAAGAGGAAAAGGAAAAAUCGAGCCAGAAAUGAACAACCUGAUAUAACUGAAUAUAGACUUCGUAUAAUGGCGAAAAAAGAAUGGAAAAAAAUAAGAAACAAGUAUCUUCAGUUGCAAAGAAAUAAAAUGAAACAGCUAAAGCAACAUUUGAAAAAGACUCGAUGGAAUCAGUGGAAUUCAUAUGAUCGGAGGGAAAAUAAAAUGGAAGUUGAUGAUAAUAUUAAAAAGGAAGAACAAAAUCCACAAAUCUCUAAACCGCCUAAGUUUACAUUUGCUGAAGGCUUAAUUACUAAAAUUGAAUUAGAUGAACCAUGCUCAAGUGCAAAAAGUUUUAAAAAUGAGCUACGUAAUGAGCCUGGAGUACAGUAUAUUGAUGUUAGAGAUGGUUACACUUGUGCAUAUGUUCGAUGUGAUACUGCUGAAGCAUCAGAGAAUUUUGUUAAAAAAUACGCAGAUGAUAAGACUGUUAAUAUUUUACAAGGAGAAGAAGAAAAAGCCUAUUGGGAUAAAAUGAUGAAGGAUAGAGAAGAAAAAUUGACAAAAAAAGAUCGAGUCAAGCAAAGAGGAAGAGAUAAGUUAUUGAAGAAAGCAGAAAAAGAGCUAGGGAAACAUAUUAAAUUUGAUGAGGUAUCAUAAUAAUAUAGAUUCUGUCUAAUAGAAAAAGUGAUUUUUUCAAUUAAUUUGAAGAUUCAUUCGUAUCGUAUAUUAUCGAAGAAUGUCUGGAAUCACUUAAUUAUAUUUACAAAAAAAUGUAAAUAACUAUUGUUAAGGUUUUCUAAUCGAAAUAUAAAGUUCAUCAGUAUAUUAAUAAAAAUA